UCCAUGCACUCUAAAAUGGUGGAAGUGUGUGAGAUUCGGAAGAAUAACGUCAUAUCCGAUGAAACAAACGCUCGAAGGCAGGGAAGUGUGAAACCAUCGAACCAUCGUUGUGAUCAAUGCUUGAAAGUCUUUUCAACAAGAUUAAAACUGAAGGACCACAUGAGGAUGGUGCAUGGGGAGAAGAAAUACGCUUGUCACAUUUGUGAUAAGAGAUUUGUCUUACCGAACAAUUUACGCGUUCACGCUCGAUCGCACAAUGAAGAUACGCCAUUCAAGUGCAACGUGUGUGAAAAGACUUUCAAAUAUGAACAAUCCGUGUGGCAACACAAAAAAACUCAACAUGUCUCGCAAAACUCUUGUGUCGAUUGUGGAAUAGACUUUCCAGCAAGACGUCAGUAUGAGCAACAUCUGCGCACUAUACUUCAUCGAAUAAAUGCAGAAAUGAGAGGAAAUUCCCAAAAUGAAAGAGUAUCGGAUGAAUCUGGUUCAAACGGUACUACUGACGAAACUCUCCAGCGAAUGGAUGUGAUUGAAAAAGCUGAAGAAGCUCAACCGGAAACUGCUGAAACAGCACAGCAACAACAACAGAAACACCAUCAGUGCGAUAACUGUCCGAAGAAGUUUUUGGAAAAACGUCAACUGAAGACUCACAAGAGGUUCACACACGGAGAGAAGAAAUUCGUCUGUCCCGUUUGUGCGAAGGGAUACAUCGCCGCAUGCUACUUGCGGGUUCAUAUGCGUGUGCACGAUCCUGCAAAAUCAUUCAAGUGUGCACUAAAUGUGAAAAGUGGUACAAGGACAAAAGGGCCCUCGCGUUCCACGAAAGAACCAAGCAUAGUAGCGUAGAUUUCCUUCAAAUGUUACGCAACGCAACGAAAUUUGACAAUGGUAGAUCUCCGCAGUAGGUAAUAAACUAAUUAGAUCUGCGCAGUAGGUAAUAAACUAAUUAAAUUCGUUGGAGCCUUUAAGCUG